CGAACCGUCGAGAGCGUGAGCGAGCGUCGCCAUAUUGUUCGUGAGCGUAGUGCGAGUAGGUCGAUUUUUCCGUAGAGCUACCUGCGGACGGGCGCGCGCGUUACCGUCACAGGCGGAUGGUGUGUGUGUGGAAAUUGAAUUGAGUUGAGUGGCUGUUCUGUUGGUGCUGUGAAAACGAGCCGAUUUUGAAGUGGAAAACUUACCUACUUGUCUUGUCACACACACCCCCCCCCCCUUAUUGCUAGGUGGAGAGUGGAGCAAGUGUGAUGCCAAGUGUGUGUGUGUGUAGUGGAAAGAAAAACGCGUUAUUUUCGGUUCUCCACGAGGAGCAGAAUACUCGCCGUCGCAGCUAAAAAUCGUGAGUGAGUGAGAGCGGGCAGUGUGAAUUGUGAGCAAUAGCAAUAACAAAAAGUGCAAUAAAAGAAGAAGAAGAAGAGGCAGAGAAAAGGAAAAACAAAAUCACACAGUGUGCGGAAAUUUUGUUUGAGAUUGCUCCCCCCGCGGUGGCGUGAGAGAUAGUUGUGUCGCUCUGCGUGUGUGUGUUAGUAGUGUGUGCUGAGAGGAAGGCAUUUGAUUAGAGAAGCGCAGCAAAAAGUCAACAACACAAACGGGAGCCUGAAUGACGAUGUCGCUCCCGAUUAACUCGCUGUACAGCCUGACCUGGGGCGACUACGGCACCUCGCUGGUGUCCGCAGUUCAGCUGCUCCGGUGCCAUGGCGACCUGGUGGACGUCACACUGGCCGCCGGUGGCCGGAGCUUCCCCGCGCACAAGAUCGUCCUGUGUGCCGCCAGCCCGUUCCUGCUCGAUCUGCUGAAGAACACACCGUGCAAGCAUCCCGUCGUAAUGUUGGCCGGCGUCAACGCGAACGAUCUGGAGGCGCUGCUGGAGUUCGUGUACCGGGGCGAGGUCAGUGUGGACCAUUCGCAGCUGCCGUCGCUGCUGCAGGCCGCCCACUGUCUCAACAUCCAGGGCCUGGCGCCCCAGACGGUGUCGCACAAGGACGACAACACGACGUACACCACGUCGAUCCAGCUGCACCCGACGCUCGUGCCCCAGAACCACGUCAAGGCGGUGAUCGACGUGGGCAACAAUGUUUGCACAACUGAAGAACUGAUCACGACCCUCGGACCCACCCAAACCGUGCAGGCGCAGGUUAUCGAAACCAUCACACCGGACCAGAUGUCGGACGAGGUGACGAAGGACGUGAUUAGCCAGUUUCUGCCGACCCGCAAGCGCAAGCAGCGCACCAAGAAAACGGCCAACCAGGGACAGGCGGGCGCUGCGGCGAACAGUGCCGGCGGCACCCAGGCAGCCAAGGUAAUGAAAACGACCGACGAGGACGGCACCACGAUUCAGGUGAUUGUGAACAACCCGGACGAAGCGACCCCGGCCACCCCGAAGGACAUCAAGAAGGAAACGAACGCGGACGGCACACCGGUAGACACGAAGGAAGGCAUCAUCAAAAUCAAGAGCAAAUCGCAAUCGGAACAACCGGCAACCUGCCCGAUCUGCCAGGCCGUUAUUAGACAGUCGCGAAACCUGCGUCGGCAUCUGGAGCUGAGACAUUUCAAGAAACCGGGCGUAAAGAAGGAGCGCGUACGGAAGAGCAAGAAAGGACAAGCUGCAAACGCAAACCAGGCAAAUGGAGGCAACGGCACAAACCCAGGCAACGGUACGGUAGUCGCGGGCGAUCAGGUCGGACAGCAAGCGCAGCAGGUCGUACAGCAGCAGGCCCAACAGCAGCAGGUACAGCAGCAGGCCCAACAGCAGACAACGAUCGACUCGACCGGCACGAUAUCCGUCACCGUUUCCCAGGCCCAGGCACAGCAGAUCGAGCAGGCAGCCGCCAACGGACAGCAGCACGUGGUCACGCAGCACGAAAACGCGGACGGCACCACCUCGCUCUCGAUCGCACAGGUACAAACGCUCGAUGGCCACCAGCUCGCAAUUGGAAAUCUCAAUCAGGAGGAAACGGGCGAGAUGGUGGAACAACAACAGCAGCAGCAGCAUCAGCAGCAGCAGCAGCAACAACAACAGCACGGUUCCAACAACGGCGUUGUUGGACCGAUCGUGUUGCAUGAGGAUGAUGUUGGUGGCGAUGGCGGUGUUGGUGGUGGUGGUGGUUGUGGUGUUGGCAGUGGUGGUGUUGUAAACCACGUGGAAGAGGUCGAGGAGGAUGAUGAUGUGCGGGAGAUAGUGAUGGAUGCGGGUUCGGUCGUGGCCGUCCGGCAAGCCGAUGAGAUGAUGGUAGGCGCAGGGGACGUCAGUGGCGACACGACGGACGGUGUGAUCAUCGACGCGACGACGGACGAUGAGGAGGAGCUGCUACUGCACCAUCAUCAUCAUCAUCACCAUAGCCACCAUCAUCAUCAGCAGGUGUUGCAGCAUGCACUAGAGGUGGAUGAAGACGAUCAUCAUCAUCAUCAGCAGCAGCAGCAUGUGGUGAACCAACAGCAACAGCACGACGAUCAUCAUCAUCAUCAUCAUCAUCACGUGCAUCAUGUGGUGGAGGAGGAGGACGAUGUGGAGGAGCUCACCGGGGUGGUGGAGGAGCUGGAGGAGGAGGAAAUUGUACAGCAGUUCGAUGGGUCAACGGUGGUGACCGUUACGACGGCACGGGGUUCGCGAAGUGCGCACCAUCACGGCGGUGCUGGUGGCAUUAGCUUCGUGACGACCGAGUUGCCCCUGUCGUCGUCGUCGUCCGGUCGUCGCCGGAUCGUUCGCCGGACGCUCGGCAACGUGCUGGAGGACGAUGUAGUGAUUGGUGACGCCGGCGAUGGCAGCACGAUCGUGGAGGUGUCGGCUGGAGCUAGCGCCAGCAAGCAAAGGCACGACGGUGGUGCAGCUAGUACUGCGGAAAGUAGUACGGGCGGAGGCACAGGUGCCGCUGGUGAGGAUGGUAGUGCGGGAGCAGUAGAAGGAGAAGCGAUCGAAGGUGCAGGUGGCGGCGGUGGUGGUGGCGGCGGCGGCGGUGGUGGUGGAGAUCAUGCCGGUUUGCCAUCGUCCUACAAGCAUUUCUUUAUCCUCUAAAGGAGAGCACACGACAGGCACGCAAUGUCGUCGAUGCUGGUGUGUUGAUGGUUGGAUGAGCAACGAGGGAAAGAGAUAGAAAGUGUGUUGGCAAUGUUUGUAUAGAUUUUAAUUAACUCCUCUCCGUUGUUUCGUUUCACGUCGCCCUUUUAAACGACCCGUUUAUUUUUACUUGUAACUUGUUAGAAUUUUGCUAGGCAAUAGGUUUUACUUGUGCUGGGAAGAAGGUACCUCAAAACAACUCACUCACCCUUGUAGGGAGGGAAAAAGAGAGAGGAGGUAUAUAUGUUUAUUUUUUUACAUCGAUUAUUUCAUUCUUAAUUGAAGCGUUAGGUUGUAAGCGCGCGCUGCUGAUCCGUUGCGUGCUGGAUAGUCGUCAAACAUACGCGCGCGCACAGAACAGUGCAACAACCCCGUGCCGUGUCACAAUCUGUCGCGAUCGAGCAGCACAACCGUUUCAAGUUAAUGGUAGUAUGGAUUCGAAAUUCGAAUUUCUAGCUGUUGUGCGUGCAGGGCGAACAUGAAAAAGCAAACAUGUUACAUGUGUUGUUAGCGCGCGAUCACUUCAUAAUUUCCCUUUUCGUCGGGUAUCGCGGUACAUUUUAGUCACACUUUUUCCCCCUUUUUUUGUUUUGAGGCGAAUAAUUUGCCCUUACAAACAAACAGCAGCAGCAACCAACCAAUAUUGUACAUAUAUAGAGAAGAAGUUGUAUGCCACACACCGACACAUAAAAGGCAGAAGAAAAAGCAACAUAUAAACCCCCGAUUUUUAUGACGGUGUAUAGAAAGUAAUAAUCGGCAAUGCUAUAUAUAUUUCAAUGUACUGAGAGCAAAGGGCGCCGUGUGGAGUUGCUGUAAAUGGGUUUUGAUGUGUGUUAAACAGUAGCGCAAAACCAAGCGCGCUAACCUUCUCUCAGACCCUUAGACAAACCGGGCGCAUAUGGGCGCUGCUACGGCAUUUUUUGGAGAUUAGAAUCAAAAGCGAAGAGAAGAGGUAGCGAGUAAAGAGAAAAUGCAGGGAAAUGCGGGUGGCAUAAGGGUAGUUGAAAUGUUGUAUGGUUUCAGUUUUCCAAUUGAAGGAAUUAUCAUUUUAAUUUUAUUUUUUGCUAAAAUGUUUAGCUCAAAGUCAGUUCCGCGUUUAGCGAUCGGGGCAAAUUAAAGAAGAGACCAGUUUUGUCAACUCUAAAUCGUAGUCUUUUCGCAUACGAUUUCGAUAAUGAGAUAGAGAGAAAGAGAGAGGUAGAAAGAUAAAAACAAACUUUUGCAAUACGUUAUUCGAUAUUCUCGAUGUCUGCAAUGGUGUCCAACGAUGACUCUUUUAAAGCAGCAAAAUAGCAUACCAACGAUCUUGCUCUAACCAUUAUGGAAGAGGGAUCGCUAUUACGUGCAACAAAAGGAAUAUGGGGAAAACCAAUCCAAUCCAAUGUUAGUAAAAUAAAUUCGACUUAUUGUGCAUGAGUUCGUGAUUUCGUACCGUACUACACCACCACAAUCGCUUACAUAAAAAAGGAACAAAUUAAAAAGUCAUUCGAACACAGUACGAUCAUGCCGAACACGAUCGGCGGAUAAUGUAUUGGAUCCGUUGGACGUUUUACAGGGUUUUCCGACAUAAAAUUUAGAAUAUCAGCAACAUUUUUCAUUGCUAGCGAGAUGUUUUUCAACAGCUGUCAAAUGUUGUAUUUUCAUCACAAUAAUUUACAGGGUUUUUCCAAGUAACUUUCGAAUGUGUACAUCAUUAUUCACCGCCUUCCAGAUGUUUUUCAAAUGGAUGUCAAAUGGUGUAUUUGUGUCAUAAUAAAAUUUCGGUUUUUACACAUGAUUUUCAACACUUCACAAAUAUCUGGCAAAUUCAAUGCAGUUUUGAGACGUGUUGAACAUUAUGUGGACGUACUGAAACAUUAUUGUGAUGCCAUUACACCAUUUGGCUUCUUCUUCUUCUUCUUUGGCUCAACAACCGAUGUCGGUAAAGGCCUGCCUGUAGCCACUUGUGGGCUUGGCUUUCAGUGACUAAUUGAUUCCCCCCAUAGCAGGAUAGUCAGUCCUACGUAUGGCGGCGCGGUCUAUUUGGGGAUUGAACCCAUGACGGGCAUGUUGUUAAGUCGUACGAGUUGACGACUGUACUACGAGAUCGGCACACCAUUUGGCAGCUGUUGAAAUACAUCUUGAAGACGGUGAAUAAUGAUGUGCACAUUCGAAAGUGACUCGCAAAACCCUGUAUCAGUUCUUCCACAUGAUUUUCAACACUUCACAAAUAUCUGGCAAAUUCAAUGCAGUUUUGAGACGUGUUGAACAUUAUGUGGACGAACUGAAACAUUAUUGUGAUGCAAUUACACCAUUUGACAGCUGUUGAAAAACAUCUUGAAGGCGGUGAAUAAUGAUGUGCACAUGGAAACCCUGUAUCAGUUCUUCCGCAUGAUGUUCAACACGUCUCAAACUGGAUUGAGUUUGACAAUUAUUUGUGAAGUGUUGAAAAUCAUGCGUUUGAAAUGAAACUUUAUUGUGAUGCAAAUGCAAUGUAUGACAGCUGUUGAAAAUCAUCGUAUAGGCGGUGAAUAAUGAUGAUGUGCACAUUCGAAUCUGAUCAGAAAAACCCUGUAUUUUUGUUCAAUGGUGUGUGUAGUAGUGUUUUGCAGGGUAAAUUUGUGUAGCAAGCCCUUGGCAGUAGUGAACGUGUUUGAGUUCGCUUUAAGUGCAUUUUCUCCUCCUUACUCUUUAGCUGGACACGUUUGUUCCAUCUCUUCUCUUGCUCUAUUUUUUUUCAACUGAUCGAUUUCAACGACCUAAAACGAAUAGCCCUCGGCCAUAUAUCUGCAUCUGUUUUUGUUUUAUUUCUAAAAAAAGGUAGCUUAACGUGUUUCCCGUGUUUUUAACAAAAAAUAAUCUAUUCUGCAAUAAAAUCGAGCUGUUGUUAUUUCCGGCACGAUAUACACACACAUUAUUGGUGUGUCGUUAUUUAAGUAAUCGUAUCCCCGCAUUUUAUGCCCUCUUUUGCUCUUGUGUGUACAGAUUGGUCACCGCGGAAUAGUUGAAUGAAUGUUUAAAAAAAAGAAGGUUAAAAACGAUAGCAAAAAUGCUUUUUUAACGUUUUCGAUUUUUGUUUGUUUUGGUGCCGAAGAAUGUUCAUACAUCGAGACACAACAUAAUUAGAGAAAAAUUGCACAUAUUACAUAUGACGAUGCUAAGAAAGUGUGGAAGAGACAUACAUCGUGUAGUGUGUGUGCUAGGAAAAACAAGUAAACUUGUAACUGAACGAGCAAACUGUAAAAUAAUGCGGCUGCGAAACAGAUGAUUUAAUUUAUUAUGUCACUAUCGUUUAGGGUUUUGCGUGUUGUUACAUCAGGUAGUGAAGGCUCUUGUGCAAAAAGGCACUGCAACCGCAAGUAGGGAGAGAGAGAGAGAGGAAAGGGAAAGAAUAGAUGAUUUGGCAACAAAGCAAAGCAAAGAACGGUAAUAAAAAAUCUUUAAAAGUGAAUUAGUGUCUCUUAAAGAACGCAGCUCUAUAUAUAUAAUUAAACUACUAUUAUGCGUAGAACAAAGAAGUUGGAAAAAAAAAACUUGAAACAGAAUCAAGUUGGUACUUUAAAUUAACGAAGACAAAGUAAGAAAGGUGUAAAGCGUAAGAAACAGAGAAAAAACACCCACACAACACGGAAGGGAUGAGCCAGAGCAGAAUUAAACGAAUAGUAGCUAUUAUAUAUCUAUGUUUGGUGUCAUUUUAUCGCGUUUAUACAACAAAGCCCAUUGUAAUAGUAAUAAUGAAACCCCCCAUUCAUCCUUCCCUCCCCCCCCCCCAACCCGUUUACUCUCUCACCAACAACCAAACUACAUUCACGCAACAAGCAAAAGAAUGUUGUGAUUCAUCUUCAUUAUUAUUAUUAUUAUGAUACACUUAACGUAAAAAAAAACGUGAAGAAAAAUUAUGAAACAUGUGAGUGAAACGUGAGUGUGUGUUUUGUCCAAAAUUUUACAAUUAGACGAAAAAAAAAGAAGCUAACCAAAAUAAGAACGAAUACGAAGCAGAGGCAGCAGCAGCAGCAGAGUACAACUUUAGCGAAUAAUGAGCUAAGCAUCCAGGGGUAAUAAAGCAUGGCCAAUAAAAUAGGAAUGAAAAAUAAAAGGUACGAGAUAGCUCUCCCCUUUCCCCCCUCCUCCCACUCCCACCAAGACUCCCCCACACUCAGCGGUGGAAACGAAUUGCGACAAGUUUUAGUGGUUAGUAACGGUGAAUGUGCAAUGGUGAAGCAAAUUGUAAAUGACACUAAAUUGUUGGUAUUUUUUGAUCCAUUAACCUCUCGAGAGUAAAGCAAAAUGUAACAUUUUCCAUCGAUUUUACAGUGAAACAAAAAAAACACUCAUCUCUAUUUCCUCUCAGCGCCAAAAGAAAGCGAUACAAUGUAAGUUAAACACAGAAAUAGAACCUCUCUAAAAAACAAAACAAAAAUGGUCGCACACAACAGUGAGCAAAGAAAAGAAUAAUAUAAAUAAACGUGUAAAGAAACACUUACUUCGUGUAACACACACACAAGCUUUUAAUCAUGAUCAAGCUGUAUAAAGCAACAAACUCGUAAAUGUAAACGUUUUCUUUCAUAUCUCAUUCGGGGCACUUAACGUUUUAAAAAGGAAGAGCAAAUGAAGCAAACAAAAGUAUCAAAAAUAAGGUUGAGGGUGAAGCAGAGGACCGUGUUUUGGACAAAUCAUGUACACACAGCACAACUUCAUUGUUCCACAUAACCUAAUGAAGGGAGGGAUGUGCAAUUUUGGAUGGAUACGCCGCUGUAAAAUACAAAACCAUAGCAACAAAGCACACAAGAAUAUAAAUAUGAACAAACAGAAGAAAAAAAAAAGAUAAUGCUUAUUCCACUUAUUCGAUUUCAAAAAAAGAAGAAAAAGAACGAAAACAAUUGUUUCCUUUUUAGAUUAACAAAACAAAAACAAGAACAAACACUAAUCACCAAACUAUUAUUGAUUGUGUAAAGAAUUGUGGGGCGAGGCGAACGAUUCCUAGUGAAAAUUUCAACCAAAAGUUUAAAUAUAAAAUAAAAAAAAUCGGGUAAUUAAUGCAAAAGAAUGAUAAACAAAAAGGGGUAGAUAAAUGUCACAUGAUGCGCGCACUCCUUUCUGAAUAUAAACACGACACGGAAAUGGGGGAAAAGCAGGUGAAAAAAAAUAUGGAAAAUCUUACUGCAAUCCAUAACACAUUUACUACAAAUUAAAUUAAAAAAAAGAAAACACUACAGAAUUAUAUCUAUUAAUGAUUGAAAUUAAAGAAUCCUAAAUUAUGAAACAAAACAAAAAAACAAAAUCUUAAGUAAGCUAAAUUGAAACAGAGAACAAAAGGGUGACGAGAAGUAUCGUGAAGAGAAGAGAAGAGAGAGAGAAGACAAAGCACAGACAGAACAACAGCAAAACAAACACUGCGAAACGCGAGAACUCAAUGGCUCUACGUUGAGUGUGGUUUGUGUGUGUGUGUGUGUGUGUGGUUGACGCAAACAACGAGCAUGGUAAACCAUUAUAGAUGUGUGUGUAAAUAAAGAGAAUAAUGAUGAAUAAAAACAAACAAACUAUGUGCAGAAUGUGUAA